GCCGGCCAUGACGUGACUGGUCGGUCUGAUCGCUCUUUCCCCGUGUGGCAUAGCGCGACGUUCCACCCGCCAUUGAUCGCGGAUCGCGCCCUUUGACCAUCGCACAGUCACAACAGUUGAUGGCCUCAGGUGUCACAGGAAAAACACUUAUGUACGUACGUGAAAGGAGUCAGCACAGUACUUUCACUUUCCGCCACCACGCCGAACAAAGCCACACACAGCCAGGCUCCCUGCAAGCUCGCGACUCCCGGAAGCGCUGGCGGCGUCUUCUCCUAAAGCACAGGCAAAAACCCGUCUCCUGUCAUCCGGUUGUAACCGUCUUCCGGCCUGGCAAGCCCUCAUAUUUUUUUUCUUUUCUUUUUUUUUCUUUUUUUUCUUUUUGGUGUCCAACAAUAGCGGUUGAUAUUUAAUUUUACCCCGCAGUGGCUGCUGGCAGUUCCCACCCCUUGUUCCUCAAACAACCAAGUGUCUCCCUCUGCCUCAACAGCACGCAAUGGCAGACUAUCGGCCGGACGAGCGGACACCACUCAUCAGCAAUCAAUCAUCGUCAGUCCUUCAGACCGCUGACGACGCCGAGGAUUGCAAUCGAGACGAAGGCCUACCGAGAGUCAACAGUCACCCGUCUGAUUAUGGGACUGGUUUGAGCCCAGGCGCUCAAUCGUUCCCUGCUCUGGCGGAGGAAGAAGAGGAUACUCGUUCUAAAUCACCUUACCUGAAUGGCGUUAGCGUGACGAGAUUUUGGCUGAUAUAUGGCGGUGUCUUGCUGCAGUACUUUGUCGCCUCUUUCGACUCCACCAUUAUGGCCUCCAGUCACCCGGUUAUAACAUCAUACUUCCACUCCUCGAACUCGGCUUCCUGGCUAUCGACGGUAUUCAUGCUGACGUCGACCGCCUUUCAACCGCUCCUGGCUCGCGUCUCCGAUACCAUUGGCCGACGACCUGUCUAUCUCUUCUCGCUUGUAAUGUUCAUGGUGACAACGGCCUGGUGUGGUCUGGCCCAGUCUAUCGGCUCUUUCAUCGCCGCCCGCGCUUUCUGUGGCCUCGGCGCCGGUGGUGUGCUGUCAAUGGGUUCCAUCUUGUCUAACGACUUGGUGCCUCUCGAGAUCAGGGGUACCUACCAAGCGUAUAUCAACCUAUUCUAUGGUUGCGGCCUAGCGUGCGGUGCUGCAUUCGGCGGGUAUCUCUGCGACACGCUGGGAUGGCGCUGGAUGUUUGGCGUACAGAUCCCCUCACAGAUUUUGAUCCUUGUGGCCGCCUGCUUCACCAUGCCCAGUUCGCUCGGGCCGCAUCUUGCAAAGCACUCCAACAAGACUGUCGGUCAGCACAUUAAGAGUUUCGACCUGGCUGGCUCUUUCCUGCUGACGACGACCGUGGCAUCCAUGAUCUUGGGGCUGAAUCUUGGAGGUAAUGUACUUGCGUGGUUGCAUCCCUUUGUUAUAAUCUCGCUGGUCGUAUCGUGCAUUGCAGGUACAAUGCUCAUCUGGGUCGAGUCUAAAGCUGAACGCCCUGUCUUGCCACUAUCCAUGCUCUUCACUUCACCACGGGGUAACCUCGUGUUCUCCAAUUUCUUCUCCAACAUUGGAAGCAACACUAUCAUAUUCAAUGCGCCGCUCUUUUUCCAGGCCGUCAAGCUCGACUCGCCGUCGCAGUCGGGGUUACGGCUCACCGCGCCUAUGAUUGCUACCAUGCUGACUGGCGUCGGUUCUGGGUUCAUCAUGACCUGGACAGGCCGCACGAAGCCACUCAUUAUUUGCGGCACGCUUUUGACUUUGAGCGGUACCAUCGCAUUGAGCUGCAUGUGGGAUGGUAUCCCUGUUUGGCUGGCGACGGUGUUUGCAGUGCCUGUCAACGGGGGUUUGGGCUUCUCGUUCCCAGCAUCGACUCUGACGGUUAUUGCGGCCAGCACAAAGGUCGACCAAGCCGUCAUGUCGAGUACCUUGAGCUUGGCCAGGAGCCUGGGCUCCGUCUUUGGCGUUGCCAUCAGCAGUCUCAUUGUUCAGAACGCACUCUCGGUCGACCUGGAGAGACUUGUCACAGGGCCAAAUAAGGACGAGAUCAUCCAGCGAGUGCGGAAGUCGGUUCGAGCAAUCUUUGAACUGACGCCCAAGCAUCAGACAGAAGUUAUCCACGCGUACGAGCACAGCCUGCGCUUCGCGUUCCUCUCUGCUGUGGCGGCUCUGGUCGUCGCCACGGUCUUGGUGUUGCGCAUCAGGACGCCAAGGCUCAACAAAGGCAAGAACUAAAGCGCUCCAAGUUUCGCCGCCCCCCGCGAGGCUUCAUCACGCGUUUCGUAGCCCCCUUUCCCGGCGAGUAAAGCUGCCUAUGAGAGCGGAACGCGGGGCUGAGGUGCACUGCCCCCGUGCCAAGAGCUACGCUGGUGCUUGGCAGACUUAACGUAAAGUAUUCCAGAUUGGUAUAGCAAAGUUUGUCUCGAUUCCUAUUUCCCAAGUGUGUUGUCUUCGGUUAAUAAAAAUUGACGUUGAAGCGGACGAGUGCGGGGUUUGAGUUGUUUGAUGAAUUGUUAUGGUUUUGACGCCCCCGU